AUGGAAGGAGUGAAAGGCUUAAGCUCACUGUUCGUGCUGCCUUACUUUGACACAGUCAGUGGUUUUCAAAUUGAUUAUAGUUCAGUGGAAAGUCACAUCAGCCAUAUCGUAGUGGAGGAACUGGCUUUUGCAAUACAAGACUCUAUGUUUGAAAUUGCAAAUUGUUAUUUCACAUUUUUGGUUUUUGAAUUUGAGUUACUGUAUGGUGAGGUAACAAUGAAUUUCAAUGUACAUUUAGUUCUUCAUCUAAGUACAUCUGUAAGUAUUUGGGGACCAUUAUGGUUAUAUUCUGUAUUUCCCUUUGAAUCUCGUAAUGGGCGUUCAGUUAAAUUGGUUAAAGCACAAAAGGAAUUUUGA